CUCUUUUUCAAUAUUCGGAAGAAAAGUUAUUAGAGCUGAAAAGAAAUAGUUUGAGAAACGCGGGAGAAGAACAACAUUAUCAACGAAAAAAAAAUAAGCUACAAGAAAUGAAGAAAAAAACGCAAUAGCAUUAGUGAAAUUUAGAUAAAAAUGCGAUAAUUGCAAGGGAAAUCCAAAAUUGCAACGAGAAAAACAAUUUGUUUUGUGGUGUAAAAGCUUAAGCGAGCAAUAACUACAAUAAAAAGAAAAGAUUUUUUAUUUUGGGGUUUUGUGCCUCAAGCAACAAAAAGGAAAAUUUGAAAUUUUAAAGCAAAUUUAUUGGAAGGCGGAAAAGGAACAAAAUUAAAGAUGUUGAUGAAUAAAAUUCAUUUUACUGUCAGCCUAGUGCUAUUGGCUAUAGUUCAAUCAUAUGCUGAAUCAGUGAGUGGAAUGGGAUCAUAUACAGUAAUAUCGCCUGAAAGCGAAACAAAUACAGCAAAACCCAAGACGAUUUAUAAACCGACAAUAACACGAACGGAAUUAAAAGUAUCCAGAAGCUUGAAUCCAGACAGCAUGCAGACACUAAAUGUCCGAACGAAUGACGGAGGGAUUGCUACAAUUCUUGUUAAAAAGCGUGAUGGAAAAACAACAGCUAAUAAUGAACCACGUCCAGCGUAUUACGAUGUCAGUAAUCCAUACUCUCGAGGUGAAAUUAAGCGCGGUUUCUUUGGGCCCGUUCAAGUGCUUGAUAGAGUUGAAGAUUCAGAGAUGAAGAAAAUGCAUCAGCAACAAAAACAAUUUGAAACUGGACAGGUUUACAACAAAGUUGUGAUGCAGCCAGUCACAACUUUACAACAGCAAUCUAAUCUUAGAAGUCCGUAUCGAUUUGCAGCUCCAAAUGAUGAAAAGUCAGCAAAUAUCAUAAAUUCAUUUAUGAAGCAUGUUCAGCAAGUAGAAAGUACACGAUCAGCUCGAUCACCAUCCGAAGGCAUUCCAAAUGAUCGUGGCACAGUCCAUACCAAAAUUCCUGAACCAGUGACAAUUAAUUCUGAUUCGGUUUAUGUUAAAGAUAAUCAAAAUUCAAAACGCAGUAGAUCGCUCAUGGAAAUUGAUUCGGAUGGCAUUCCAUUAAUUAAUGGUGUACGUGUUCCUGAUGAUGAAAAUGAUAAACGCCAAACAUGGAGAAAUGCACGUGUUAUUAAUGGAAUAUUAACACCAUAUGAAAAUGGCUAUGUUCCGCCUCGAACUGUCGAAUAUGGUCAGUUAAUUUAUCCUGUAAAGAAAGAAGACAACGAGAGAAUACAAAGUAGACAAAAAAGUAUCGGUCCUUUCACAACAGCUGAUAACUUCUCUGAAGAAUCGCGUGAAAGUGAAAAUGCAAGUAAAGGAAUUGGACCUUUCAGUGUCAGAGAUAUGUUUUCAUCACGUAGCAAUACACAAAGUCCAGGUACUGGCAUUGGACCUUUCUCCGUUGCAGAUAAUUCAAGGACGUCAAAUGUUAAGCUUAUUGAUUACAUAAAGAGAAUUAAUGAUCAGGAACAUCGGAAAGAUUAUUUUGCUGGUCGUGUGCCAAAAGAUAUUGGAAAUCCUCAACAAAUUCAAAGACGAAUGUUAAUUAAUCCGGGCAAUGCUUAUUUCCCACCAUCGUCACUUUAUUCAGUUGAUAAGAAUAAACAAGGUGAAGGAGUUUCAUCUGCACCAAUUUUACAAUAUGCUCAUCCCGAAUUUGGUCUACAAUCUGUCGGAAAUUCACAAGAAGAACCAAAAAGCAAUUACAAAUCACAAAUCAAGUCAGAAUAUUACACAAAUCCAAAUCCAUAUCAACAGAAGCAGACAUCACCAAAUGCACCAAUUUAUCAGAUUGAACCAGCAUUAAAUACUCGUGAAUAUUACAGUUACCAAAAAAUGCCACCUCCUCCACCACCAUCAAUGUACAGUAGCCAUAAUCCACAUUACAAUCCAAACUAUUCCUAUAUACGACGUGUGAAACCUGAACAGCCUUUUUGGAUGAAAAUAUCUGAGCAAUUCAGAGACACAUUUCAGAAUGGCUUUCAACAAGUACAAGAUAUAGCCAAACCUGUUAUGGAUCCAAUUUAUGAAGCCGGUGAAAAAAUUUCAUAUAAUUUAGGAUUUUCAUCACAACAUUCGCCAGGUCUUUUGCAAGCGCAAGAAAAAGUUGGAGUUGUGCCAGGUAGCGGUUCCAAGUCAUAUAUUAUUCCAGCUUUAGGUGUGUUGGCUGGUGGAGCCGCAUUAGGUCUCGGUGCUGCUGCUAUGGGUAGAAUUUUUGAUAUUAGUAGCUUACUUCAAAUGAGAUCGAGUGGAGAGCAGGAGCAAUUAGACUUAGAUCAAAGAAGAGCAUUGGAUGCAAUUCGACGAUUUCCAACCACAACACUUUAUUUAGUAGAUGAUAAUAAAAGUAAUAAUAGUGAAGAGAGAAAUGCAAAGAGUAGUGAGGAAGUUCCUUCAACAUAUGCAACAUCACAAGCACAACCAAAAUCGUCAAAUUUUUAUGAAGUCAUUGCCAUACCAUACGAUAAACAACAAACAAAUUCACAUGAUUCAAGUAUUGAUCCUAUAUCAAGAGCCUCAUCAGCAGAAUUAAUUGGUCAUCAACGUCGGAAGAGAAAUAAAUAAAAGUUUAGGAUAUUGUUGCUAUUUAAAAUUUAUUUAAUUUAUAAGAGACUUAAAUGCAUUAGGAUCAUAGAUGAAUUAAUUUUAUUUCCAAGAUAUUUAAUUACAAUGAACUGAUUUUGUUGUUAGCGAAAAUAAUAAAAUAUGUAAAAGAAUAUUAAGGGUUAUCUUAGUUUUACUUAAUUAAAUGAUCUUAAGACAAGAUAAGACGAGAA